UUUUUCUCCCAAGCACGAAACCCUUGUGCUGUAUCCAGUAUCCUUGUAUCGUUGUCCCUUGGCCUUGGGUGAGUACGUAGCUUUUGCGGAGCCUGAGAGAGGAGUCUCGUCUGCACCGCCUUUCCUUUGCCGCUUUCCUAGGAUUGUGUAUACGACGCCGGGACCGGUCAACGAAUCGAUGUCGGGUCGAUUGCUGAAAAAGGUUUUGAAAGAACAAGAACAACAACUGCAGCGGCCGCCCCUCGAAACAGAAGAGGAGGAGGAGGAGGAGCUGAAUGGGAUUCGAUCUGGGCCCUCCGAUUCCUCAGUCAAUCCCUUUUACCUUCUCAACGACGAAGAUGACGCUGACCAGGAGGACGAUGCGGAAGUCGCAGACACCUUGGACGUAAAUGUUUCUGAAGAGAAACCGUCCGGGUUGGAGAGUAAGGUUGACGUGGUUUCGAAAUCCAGUAACAAGUCAAAGAAAAAGAAAAAGAAGAAAGGGCAGGAUGGUUCUUCGACGGGUGCAGAUAAAGCGGAAAAACCCUGGGAUGCGAUUCUGGAAACUUUGUCUCCUGUCAAAGCCGAAGCAGCGAAUGCAAAAGCCCAAUGCGUGCCUUCGGUUUUACGAGUUGAUUCCAAAUAUUUGAAUGCAGAAAAUGAGCUACGAAGAAUAUUUGGUUCGAAGGUGGUAAAGUCGUUUGAGAAAAGUAAUCAAGCCGGCAGUUCUAGACAAAUACGAGGUGGACGACACGGAAGCGGAAGUCAUGUUCGUAGAAAGACUCUUCUUGUCACUCCUUCUGACUAUUGGGAUCGCUGGGAUGGUUCUUUGUCCAUGGAAUUUCUGGAAACAAGGGAUGGAUACCACUACUUUAGAUAUGUACCUUCAUCGUCCUAUGGUCAAGCUCAGAGUGAAUUCGCAGCUGCCAAAGCUACGCAUGAUCUCAAUGGUAUUGCAAUUAUUUUGUUGCACCAUCAUUAUCAUUUAGAUUCACUGUUAACGAUGGCAGAGUAUUGGAAGUUUGCGGGUGACCAUCAAGCGUCAGCAGAUGCUAUAGCAAAGAGUUUAUAUGCCUUGGAAUGUGCAUGGCAUCCUAUGUUCACUCCCUUUCAGGGUAAUUGCCAAUUGAAAUUCAGCCAUGAAAUCAAUAAACCGUUGUUCACAACACUUUUCACUCAUGUGAAAAAUAUGGACAGACGUGGUUGUCAUCGGUCUGCUCUAGAAGUUUGUAAAUUGUUGUUAUCAUUGGAUUCUGAUGAUCCAAUGGGUGCCUUGUUCUGCAUCGACUACUUAUCCUUGAGGGCAGAGGAGUAUGCAUGGCUAGAACACUUCUCUGAGAGCUAUAAAAGCGACAACUCCCUUUGGUUGUUUCCAAAUUUCUCAUAUUCACUUGCCAUUUGCCGGUUUUAUCUUGAGCGAGAGGAAUCCUCAAAAGAUUCUCAUAUGGAUUCUACAAAGGCUACUGCAAAUGAUCUUAUGAAGCAGGCUUUGAUGCUUCACCCUUCUGUCCUAAAGAAACUAGUAGCAAAGGUACCUUUGAAGGAUAGGGUGUGGACCGAUAUUGUCAAACAUGCUUUCUUUCGAUCAGAUCAAAUGGGAAUCCCAUCCUUGGAUCACUUAAUUAAUUUGUAUGUAGAGAGGAAUUAUAUCAUAUGGAGGCUUCCAGAGCUGCAAAAUUUACUCAGGGACGCCGCAAAGCUGGUGAUUGAAACACUGGAAACUAAUAGGAGUGAUGCCAACGAUUGGGCUUCUGUGAGAAAAGAAGCAUUCUCGUCUGAGAAAAAUGAGUAUGGUCAUCUAUUGGUUUCAGAUUUCUCCGAUUCGGUGCCAUCUAUUCCACCUGAAAUCCUGCAAGAUUUUAUGGUUGACCCAAGGAUGAGGGGGCCUGUGCAGAAUGAAGACCAAGUUGCCAAUCCACUUGGCAAUGGCCAUGCUCCCCGUGAUGUUGCAAAUCGAAAUGCACUGGCUGUCUUGUUUGAGUCAAUGCUACCAUGGGUUCAUUAUGGAGAUGCAGACGGUGAGGAAGCUGAUUGAGUAUAACCAACUUCAUGAGGUUGACCGAGGUAAUGAAGAAUAUUGAAUGCAAUGGCACCAACAGUUUACACCGGUUAUGGAAAGAUUAUCUGUUUCUUAAUCAUGUGAAUGAUAUCAAUUUUCCUGCAUAGGGGAAUUCAAUCCUUUAUGUCGUCAGUUUACGAGGGAUAUCUUGCUUGUACAAAGCUAUAUCUAGGAAAUUGUCACUAGGUUACUAUUCUUUUAGUAAGUAUCCUGAGGAUUUUAUGGGUCUUUGGAUGAAAAAUAAAUAAAUAAACUGUUGAUCAAAUU